AUGAUUGAAGACUUUUUAGAGGUAUUUAUGGAAGAUUUCUCAGUCUAUGAGAAUGAUUUUGAUCAUUACACUGAUAAUUUGGAUAAACUACUGAAGCGAUGUGAAGACACACAUCUUGUCCUGAAUUGGGAAAAAUGUCAUUUCACCCCAACUGAAGGCAUUAUGUUAAGACACCGUAUUUCUAGUCAUGGCAUUCAAGUAGACAAAGCUAAGGUGGAAACCAUUGAGAAAUUACCUCCACCAACAAACGUGAAAGAUAGCAUACAAAAAUCCAUUAGAGAUGUCACCGUAUCAAUUUUUUUUGGGAAAGCAUGUCACUUGCUAGUCGAACUAGAACACAAAGUAAUGCGGGAAAUUAAGCAAGUGAACAUGGACUAUGGAAUGGCUAGAAAGAAAAGACUAUUGGAUAUCACUAAACUAGAGGAGGUUAGGAGAAAUGCAUAUGAAAAUGAUGGCAUUUCUCUUUCACCACAACAGGAUUUGGGUAAACAAUUCUCCAAAACCAUCUUAAAGUUAAAGUGGGAAACUUUUUGUAACCAUCCUGGAAGCUACUCACGUUCACCGGUACGUGAGUUCUAUGCCAAUCUCUACGAUUAUAAGUUAGAGUUUAUUUUUGUUCGAGAAGGUUUAAUACCAUGGGACACUGCAACCAUCAAUGAGCUAAAAAACACCAAGGUCGAUGUCGAUGAACACUCCAAGUUCAUGGAUGACAUCACAGAUGAAAAAUGUAACUUGUUGUGA